AUGACCUUAACAAUGAGACAGAUAAAGGCUUCCCAAGAUCACUUUGAGAAUACUACAGAGGUUGAAGAUGUAGCUCCUACUCAUGAUAGUAAUGUUGACGCAGAGGUUGAAAAUGCAGUUUCUACUCAUGAUAGUAAUGUUGAGGUACAUGCCGAGCCUACUGAGCCAUCUCGAGUAGGUCCCAUUGAUCCAUCUUUACUUACGAGUUUUAAAACUCACAUAGCAGCUGCAAUUUGGAAUAACCAGGAACGUGAGCCCCUUAAGUGCAUGUUGAAGACAUCUACCCUUUGUGAAUGGAAUUGGUGGGGUAAUCCAAAUAAUGGUAUAUUUAAAAGAGGUCCAGCCUCGUGCACUUCGUUGGAUUCCACAUCGAGACAAUGGCACAACAUUGAUAAAUGUGCAGAAGUAAGACAUCAGCUUGAUGCUUUGAAUGUUGAUCAGGUUAUAUGGGAACCUUACAAUUUUGAAAGGGAACACCGCCUAUUUGCAGAUGUUGCAUUCUACUCAGGGAUGCUCAGAUGUUGUGAUGUUAUUGAGCCCUACCAUCCUGAGCAGGUUCUUAGGUAG